CAGCAACCGACUGGCUUAGCAAUUCCACAUCCUGCUCCUCCACCCCGGCUCAUUUCGAACUCGACAUUGCAAUGUGUUCAUGACAAUUUGGUUUCAUAAUCUGACAUAGAAGAGCCCAUCACAUCCCGCUAUGUUUCGACCCGCCUCCCGUACCGUCCUUCGCGCAGCAGCUCAGAGCUCUCUCGCCCCUGCGCGGACGAUUGUCCCUCGACGAUUUGCAAGCUCAUCGCCCGCCAGCUCGAAGAGAAGUUGGAAGAACACUGCAGCAAGAUGGGGAAUCGCCAUUGCUGGACUCUAUUACUACAACACAAGCCCAGUCUUUGCAGACCAGCCCUCGACUAAUCUGUUAAACCCCAACACCGACGCUCUAGAAGAUGCUGAAGAGUAUUCAACUUUGGAUGCUUUGACCUCGCGUCAAAAGGCCCGAUCCGAAAAUGCUGCGGCUUUGCAUUCCGCUGUUGAAGAGAUGUCUACCGAAAAUGCUUCAACGACUUCGAUCGAUACAACCGCACCACCACUCUCCACGGGUCCUUCAGGCGGAGCCGAGGAAUUGGAACAAGAGGCUGCUUCUGAAGGUGCUUUUAAUCCGGAAACAGGCGAGAUCAACUGGGACUGUCCUUGUCUAGGUGGAAUGGCAUAUGGUCCGUGUGGGGAAGAGUUCAGAGAGGCCUUCUCCUGCUUUGUGUUUUCUACAGAGGAGCCCAAGGGCAUGGACUGUAUCGACAAAUUCCAGGGGAUGCAGCAAUGUUUCCAGAGACAUCCAGAGGUUUAUAAGGGCGAAUUAGAAGACGACGAGGAGCUAGACGCUGAGUUAGAGGGCGAAAGACAAAAACUCGUGGACGAGAUUGCCGAACGAAAGGCCCAGCAUGCCGAGUCAGUAGCAGCAGCGCCACAGCGUCGGCUCUUGGAAGAGCCUGUAUCAGAACCUACCCCAGCCCGGGCUUCAAAGGCCAAGAAGAACAAGGAGCCCAAGGCAGGCUCAGAGCAAAAGCAGUCGAUAGGAGAUCAAAAGAUCUCCGAAUUCGUGUCUGACGCCGAGGUUGAGAAGGAAGGAUCCAAGUCUGCGACCGCAUCGUCUGAUAUCCUCCCACGAGCUGCCCAUGAUGCGCGAGAUCAUGUUGAAGGGAACGGACAGGGAACUGGAAAAUAAUUACAUUGUACAGCACAGGAUCAGCAUUUUCAGGGGCUCAUUGGUGGAUGUUUUGUCGUUAUAGUCACCACCAAGAUGUACACUACAGAGUCGUCAAGACAGGUAGAUUCUCACGCAGUCGGCCGUGACUGGCAGCCUGCAAAGAGUGUAGGGCGAGACAUAAAAUCGAAGAACCCUCUUCUCUCCCG